CGAAACCGCUGCUGCGACGAGGGAACGGGAGAAGGUGGAGAGAAGGCGUGUAGAGCUUGUAGGAAUGUCGAAACAGCAUGAGGUGAGAGAAGAGGAGCCAAGCAAAGCACGUGGUACAUCGCGGCUGUGCGAAGCGGCUGCGCUGGGCUCUGUUUAAUCGUGUUGUUUGUCCUGCGAACGCUCUUCAGAUGUCAAUGGCGGCGAUGUGGGAGAAGCUGCUGUCCCAGGUAGAAGCCUUUCAGACCAAUCAGGCGAAGGCAAGUAAUCAGCACACUCACUCAUUCAGUGCAAUGCCAUCCAUCAGUCAUCGGUUGGCUGCUUUGUGUUGUCUUGUGUGACGCUCAGGUCAACAGUUCCAUCGACCGACUCUCUCAGAUGGGCACCGCUAUGAUCACACCACUGGUGCGGACAGACUGCCAGUCAGUACACCACAGACUCACCCCUGUGUCAUGAUGCUCUCAUUCAUUCAUUCUUCAGAUGGUGGCCAAGGUCAGUCGUCAACUCGCCAACGAAUCCGCCCGUCUAGCCGAGCUGGCGGACGGCAUCGACUCCACCUUCGAACUCACAACACACACGCGCACAGGUGGGAAAGUGCACGCCUACACCAACAUGAGAGCCAUAAGGACGUGGCUGCGUGAUGGACACAUGUCUGUCUGUAUCACUUCAGGUUCAGCGGUUGCAUCUGACAGACAUCCCUGCCGACCCCAUGAGCAUCGUCAUCGCGCUGUCUGACCUCACGACCAUUGGCC